AUGCUCCGCAAGGUCAUCACCUCUGGCGCCCGCGCCACCCGCUCGGCCGCUCGUGCCCCCGCCGCGUCCCAGGCGCUCCUCCGCCCCCAAUUCCAGCAGACCCAGACCUUCGCCCCGGCCUUCAGGUUACGCGCCGCCCAGCCCGCCGUGUCGCGAUGGUACAGCUCCGAGCCCGACUCCAAGGCUGAUGCCAAGGCCAAGGAGGGUGAUGCCGCUGCCCCCGAGAGCGCCAACCCCGAGCUCGACGCCCUGAAGAAGCAGCUCGAGGCCAAGGAGAAAGAGGCCCUCGACUGGAAGGACAAGUGCCUCCGCUCGGUCGCCGACUUCCGCAACCUCCAGGACCGCACGACCCGCGAGAUGAAGUCGGCCCGCGACUUUGCCAUCCAAAAGUUCGCCAAGGACCUCGUCGACUCGAUCGACAACCUCGACCGCGCCCUCGGCAUGGUGCCCGAGUCCAAGCUGUCGCCCGCCGCCGACGCCUCCGAGGCUGCCAAGGACCUCGCCAACCUGCACGAGGGCCUGCGCAUGACCGAGACGGUCCUCAUGAACACGCUCGAGAAGCACGGCCUCGAGCGCUUCAGCCCCGAGGGCGACAAGUUCAACCCCAACGAGCACGAGGCCACCUUCAUGACGCCCCAGCCCGGCAAGGAGGACAACACCGUCUUCCACGUCCAGUCCAAGGGGUUCAAGCUCAACGGCCGCGUGCUGCGCGCUGCCAAGGUCGGCGUUGUCAAGAACCAAUAA